AUGGGCCUCGGCGUACUUGACGACCGACAUCUGGAGCAUGUCCCCGGCACGGCGCUACUCACAGAUGUAGUUGAUGCCGAUGCUCACCACCACCACGGCGACCUGGACACUACAGUACUGCGACACGCGCAGAAAAAUGGCAAGGACUCGGAUGUCUUACUCGUACCGCAGCCUUCGAGGAGCCCAAAUGAUCCGCUGAACUGGCCGCUGUGGAAGAAGGAUCUGAUGUUAUUCAUUAUCUGUAUCGACACUGCCGUCGUGGGUGCCUGGGGACCUAUGAUCUCGCCUGGCUAUGGUCUUAUGUCCGAGCAGUUCCACAUGUCAUACAACGCGUUGAACGGGGGACUUGGCUGGGGUAUCUUCUUGAUCGGCAUCUCAUGUUUCUUCACCAACGCAAUGGCGGUCGUCUGGGGCCGACGUCCAAUCUUUCUCCUCGGCAACCUCUUGCUAUUCAUUAGCAGUCUGUGGGGCUAUUUUGCGCACUCUUACGGUUCCUUGCUGGCAUCUCGUUUGAUCGGCUGCAUCGGCAUGUCUCCGUUCGAAGUGCUUGUCACUACCACCAUCGCCGACAUAUACUUCGUACAUCAGCGUGGUCUCCGUUUGGCUAUGUGGGGACUGUGUCUCUCAGUGGGCGUUGGUGGUGGCGGCAUAAUCAGUGGCUAUAUCAUCCAAGACCUUGGAUGGAACUGGACCUAUGGUAUUUGCGCCGUGCUGUACGGUGUCUUCAUCCCAGUACUCUUCUUUUUCUGCCCCGAGACAGCGUACAGGAGAGAUGCGGUCUUCAAUACCGACCAGGGCACCGAAGACCGUGCAGAGCAUCUUGCCGAGGAGAAGCUCGCUAGACUUGACGAGAAGAACGAGACAGUUGAGUCGCUUGACCGCAUCGAGACCAACAUCACCUGGUCUGAACCAAAGGCCAGCUAUUGGGAUGAUCUCAAAAUCUUUCAUGGCCGGCAAUGCGAUGAUGCAUAUUGGAAGGUCUUGGUCAGACCACUAUUCAUGCUGGUCUUUCCGCAGGUCUUAUUCUCCUUCUUCGCCUACGGCCUCACUACCUCCUGGCUGAUUGUCGUGGGCAGCGUGCUUGCGCAGCUGUUCAGUGCGCCUCCGUACAACUUCUCAGUCUCAGCAAUUGGCCUGGUCUCGCUAUCAGCGUUGAUAGGAUCCAUUCUUGGUGCUUUUGUCACGGGACCAACAGCUGACUGGGUCGUGAAGUUCAUGUCUCGGCGCAACAAAGGUGUCUAUGAGCCCGAAUUUAGACUAACGCUCAUUGUUGUCGUCCUCAUCCUUGGCGGCUUGUCAUUCUUCGGGUUCGGGCUAUCACUUCAGGCUCACGAUCCGUGGAUUGCCCCUGUCAUCUUCUACGGUAUACAGUACUUUAGCGUCGGCUUCAUGAACAUCGCAGUCUAUGGCUACCUAACGGAUUGCCAUCGGGACAAAGCGCCGGAGGCAUUUGCAGCCAUCAACUUACGCAACAUUUACUCCUUCGGCAUGAACUACUUCAUCUCGUCUUGGUUGAUGUCACAGGGUCCUGGAGAGGUGUUCAGCAUUGUUGGAGGGGUACACGUCUUCAUCUGCUUGUGCGCGAUUCCGAUGUAUAUCUUUGGAAAGAGAUGCCGCAGCUGGACAAGUAGAGCGAAGAUCUUUCAAGUAGUGAUGCGGGCUUGA